GUCAGCGGGUCUGUUUUUGGGUUUGGGUCCCGUUUUUGAACAAUUGAACAUCUCCUUCUAAUCACCUUAUCCAUAACAUUACGUCCACUCAUCAGCUUCCAUCCGCCAUUUAUGGCAAAUGUUUAUCCAUAACAGUCUUAAGAUGUCGGCUCAUUAAUUUCUAGCUUCGAAUGUCAUGCCGGAAACCUAGCUCCAUGUUUGCUGUGCUUGAUAAGUCGAUGCAUUUUCUCAUACAAGCCUGUGAUAUUAGGUCUCACAAUACGAAAUGAUAAUAAAAGGACUGUUCCGGAGACGUGAAAGGUGGAACCCAGUUCACCCAACUUAUGGAUCUUUCUGGGGGGUUGGAUUCGGAAUCGGGUGCGGAGUCGGAUGGGGCCCCGGGUUUGGCCCGGAAGUGAUUGGUUAUGUUGGAUCCGGUUGCGGAGCAGGGUUUUGUAUGGGAAUCACUCUGCUCGGUUUUGGGAUUGGCCUUUCCGCCAAUUCCUUCUUCAAAUCUCCUUCCAAUGCAUCCAUGGCUAUAAAAGGAUGUGCUUCAGACGUUUCUAAAUCAAAGGGAACUGAUGGUUGGAUGAACAUGGGUCCACUGAUUUCUGAUCUACGUCAGAAAAUAGGAAGCAAAUUUACUACAUCAAUGAUGAAAGAUUAUGUGAAGAAUGCCACAAAUGUAUCUGAUAUGAAAACUAAAAUGUGCUUACUUACAAAGGGUUUUUUGGAUCAAAUGGAGGUGAUCAGCAAGCAUGAAAGCAAAGGUUCCACAGAUUGAUGGCCCGAUGAAGAUUGUUCAAGGUAAUAUUACGGGGAGACAAUGGAGAUAAAGACUGGCAUGAGAGGUUUCUUAAAACUGAUCGGCAUGCUUCUGUAAUUAUAAGAAUUAUCAUUUUCCUUCAAUGUAAUAUUGGAAUUUGGAAGUACUCCCAUAUUCCCAUCUUGUCCUUUUCAAUUUACAUUUUGGUUUGUAUUGUGGCUUAUAAUGUUUGCUUUCCUUGAUCAGAACUAGCCUACAGUUUCUUAAAACAUAUGCAGUUAUAUGCAGUU